UUUAUUAUAAACAUUUAUACAUUGUUCCUUCUGAUUAAUCAAGGUGGGAGGCGCGGCCGAACUGCCUUAAGUUGGAAUGAGCGGCUGAUGAUAACAGUUCACGUUGCACGAGCAAUCGCUUUCAUCCAUGCACAAUCCCCUCCAAGUGAAAAGAACAUGAAAAUGAACGUUCAUGGAAACAUAAAACCCUCCAACGUGAUGAUAAACAUCGACCUGACGGCUCGAUUAUCAGAUUAUUGCUUCGUCCAGUUGGCUGCCUGCGCCGAAUGUCCUGAUAAAGAUCGGCCAGGAACUGGUUACUGUGAGAAUUUGAGUCAAAAGAGUGAAAUAUUCAAUUUUGGGCCAGUUUUACUAGGUAUGCUAGCGGGAGUGAGGGAGCCUGGUUAUAUAAAGUACAUACUUGACACAAUGGAAAGUAUAAAACAGGGUACAAGCAUAUUUUUCGAGUUUCAUGUGCAAGGGAAAGAACGGAAGCAAGCUUUGAAGGUUUUGGACAUUGUUUUGGCUUGUACAAACAGGUUGCUAGAAGCCAGGCCUUCAAUAGAGCAAAUUUUGUUGAAUCUGAGUGAUAUUUUCAAGAAACCUAUUUUAAGAGGUGACAUUCCGGAUUUGGAGAAAAAGACAAAUAUUCCAAGAACUGAGAAAGGGGCGUAUAAGCUUGAUUUAUAUCUGAGUAGGAAGCACGAUGAGCUGUUGGCAAGAACCCUUAAGCUGGAAGCUAUAAGAAGACCUUAUCUUUGGUCAUUGUUGAUGGUUCUGCAGUCGAAAUCACAGAAGCUCAGUCAGUUAAGACUUAACUCUUUUAAGAAAAGGAAAGAACUUGAAGUACUUAAAAAUCACCAAUCAGAAGUGAUAAAAUGA